AUAACACAAACACUUAUAUCGUUAAAUUGCCAAAAUGUUUUCAUUAAUAUUCGUUGUUGGUCUUCUAACUCAGCUUGUCGCAAGUGACUUGCCUACUAAUUAUGAAUACUUUACGUCAAAUGGCAUUCAUUCCGGUUUGUCAGCGGACCAGUCAGAGUUCAUCCUGAAUGGAAAAACUUUAAAAAUCUACAGUGGAGCUAUUCAUUAUUUUAGGGUCCCAAGGGCAUAUUGGAGGGAUAGAAUAAGGAAACUUAGGGCAGCAGGUUGCAAUGCUGUUGAAACAUACAUUGCAUGGAACCUACACGAGUACGAAUCUGGUAGUUACGAUUUUGGUGGCGGAGGUUCUGAAAUGUCCGACUUCCUGUACCUCGAGGAAUUUAUUAAGACAGCCCAAGAAGAAGAUCUAUUUGUCAUCAUUAGAUCCGGUCCAUUCAUUUGUGCAGAAUUCGAGUUUGGAGGUUAUCCAAGUUUUAUCCUUAGAGAUGGUGAAAAAUUAUGGGUCAGAACCAACAACGAGUAUUACAUGAACUACGUUAGCAGAUGGUUUAACGUACUGAUGCCCAUUUUGGCAAAACACCAGUUCACCAAGGGAGGAGCGAUCAUCAUGUUUCAAGUGGAAAACGAGUAUGCCCUAACUGGUUAUCAGGACCAUAACUAUUUAUGGCAUCUUAGACAGUUAAUGCUAGAUAAUGGCAUUGUGGAACUCCUGGUGACAGCUGAUAAUCCUUGGAAAGGCACCGCAGGAACUUAUACUGAAUAUUUCUUGAUGACUGGUAAUUUUGACUCGGACGUUGAAAAGAAUUUGGAUGAUCUAAAGGCUUUGCAGCCCGGAAGGCCUUUGAUGGUUAUGGAGUACUGGUCAGGCUGGUUUGACUACUGGUCACGCUCACACACGACCAAGACCUUGGAUAACUUCAAGACCAAUUAUUCAGCUAUUCUUGCUUAUCCAGCUUCAGUUAACUUAUACAUGUUCAUAGGAGGUACCAGUUUUGGAUUCUUAAGUGGAGCUCAGAAUUUAGCUUUUGAUGAUCUUAAUACAGGUUUUUUGCCAAUGACAAACAGCUACGACUACAGCGCCCUCCUGGCUGAAAAUGGAGACUAUACUGAUAAAUACUGGGCAGCAAAAGAGCUACUAGCUCAAUAUAACACUAUACAAACGAAACUUCCUGAUACUCCUGAGCUGAUUAGUCGAGUGUACUACCCGUGGGUGUCCAUGGAGAAGCAGCUUGAGUUAAGUUACCUUAUUGCUCAAGCUCCAUCUUUCCAGACGUCUUCUCCAGUUUCUAUGGAAAAUAUGGAUAUUAACAAUGGCAGUGGACAAAGUUAUGGAUAUGUAGUAUACAGAAAACGUGGGCUCAAUUUGCCAAAGAAUUCAGUGUUGAAAAUAGAAGGAAGGGUGUGUGAUACCGUGAUAGUUCUGGUUAAUGGUAAGAGAGUGUCACCAGUUUUGGAAAAAGCUGCCGAUCUAAAUAACUUUGGAACAUGGAGAGUCAACGAUUCCACUUUGGUUUUAAAUAGUGAGGAGUUAGUAGAUGCUCAACUCGAUUUAUUAGUGAGUAACUGGGGUCGAGUUAAUGUAGGUGCAUACAGGCAAUACAAAGGGAUCUGGCAGGGUGAUGUUUUGAUUAACGAUGAGCCCAUUUAUAGCUGGAUCAUGUAUGCUUUAGAGUUUAAACAAAGUUGGACCAAUAAUUUAAAAUAUUGGCAAGACGUUUCUUCAGUGGUGGAUAACUCAUCUCCAACUCUUUAUAAGGGUUAUCUCUGGAUUGAUGGAACACCUGGGGAUACUUAUGUUUACAUGGAAGAAUGGACUAAAGGUGUGGUUAUUGUCAAUGGAUUUGUGCUUAGUAGAUACUCAAAAAUGGGACCUCAACAGACCUUGUAUUUGCCAGCUCCGCUACUGAAAGAGGGGCAAAAUGAAAUAGUGGUUUUUGAGGAGUUUACGCCUGCUACGCAAGUAAAGUUUGUUAUUGAACCUGUGUAUAAUAACCAUUAAUUUAUUUUUAAUAAUUUUGUAUAUUUUUUGUUAUUUUAAUAAAGAAUAUUACACA